CUUACGUCAUUGUGGUGCGACGCCAAUUCACCGUGGUUGGGGAAACCAAGCUAUCCAGAGAAGCUAAGUGGGAGUGGCGCGGAGCUGCAGGAAUCCUAACACCCUGAGCUGCAGCAAGCCGGGUCAGCAAGCUAAUAUUUUUAAAAUGACCACACCAAACAAGACUCCUCCUGGUGCUGACCCUAAGCAGUUGGAAAGGACUGGAAUAGCACAGGAAAUUGGGUCACAAGCUGUUUGGUCACUCUCAUCUUGCAAGCCAGGUUUUGGAGUAGAUCAGUUACGAGAUGACAAUCUAGAAACUUACUGGCAAUCAGAUGGCUCCCAACCUCAUUUAGUGAACAUCCAAUUCAGAAGAAAAACAACUGUGAAGACAUUAUGUAUUUAUGCAGACUACAAAUCUGAUGAAAGCUAUACUCCAAGCAAGAUCUCAGUCAGAGUAGGAAAUAAUUUCCACAACCUUCAAGAAAUUCGGGUUUCCUACCUUCGUUAACAUCAUAUGAAGUUUUGGAGGUAUGGCUUAUUCGUCACGUGAAAAAGAGGGAAAUUGCAAAGCUCACCUACAGCCAGAUUGACAGCAUAAUUUUCUAGGAAUCAGGAAUCAACAUUGGGUUAUUUCCUAAGAUUAAACCCUGAAAGCCCCCUUGGAGGCUGCCCAGCCAUCUGUACACUUGAACAUGAAAAAUGGUCUUCUUUCAUCAGGGAGAUCGCCCUCUUCAGCUAAAUCGUCAGAAGUGGUGAAAAGAAGGGACCUCUACCCAACCAAACUCAGCUAGACAAAUUAAAUCGAUCUUUCUAAAGCAAGGAAUGGAGGUGCAUAAGGGUGGCGAGAUCACUGUCUUCUGCUCACACCAGUACUGAGCAGCCCCUCCAGGACUGCCGCCUACAUACAGAUUGUGCCCUGAGCAAGGGCACCUGGCCGAGGUGGUGAAUGGGAGCCGAUGUCCUGCCCGCGCUUCACUCACAAAGAAGUCUCUUGAUGCAUGACCGUGUCUACCCAGACAAUGUGGCUCCUGUUUCUCAUUUGACCCAAGGCACCUUGUAUGGGCUAGGGGCAACUCGGACCAUCCCACCCCCAUAUGCCAUCCUUAUCCAGGAUUACAUCCCUUACUUCAGGUAGAUUAAAUGUUCUCGUGAACAAUUUAGGUUUAUUGUAAAAGAUGAAAUGUUUGACACAAUUGAAAUUUAAUAGGCGAAGCUCCAAAUGUUACCAUGUA